ACGAUGAAUGUGAUCUCACUGCGUUAUUUCAAUCCAGUCGGAGCUCAUUGUUCUGGCGAAAUCGGCGAAUAUCCGACGGGGGCACCCAACAAUCUGAUGCCCUAUGUUGCACAAGUGGCCAUUGGCAGAAGAAACGAACUGCUCGUCUUUGGCAACGAUUAUGAUACCCCUGAUGGAACAGGUGUUGGAGAUUACAUCGAUAUAAUGGAUUUGGCUGAAGGACAUGUUGUUGCUCUUGAGAAUAUUCUGCAGACAUCUUCUGUGGAUCGAUUCAAUGUGUUCAAUUUGGGUACUGGAAGAGACUACUCCGUUUUAGAGGUGAUUAAUGCAUUCAGUGAGGUGAGCGGAAGACAAAUAAACUACAGAUUUGUAGGGAGGCGCGAUGGAGAUAUCGCUGUCUCUUACUGCUCGCCUAAUCUUGCAAAGGAAACUCUUGGUUGGACAGCUAAGCGAGACCUAAAACAAAUGUGUGGAGACAUGUGGAGAUGGCAGAUGAAGAAUCCCAACGGCUUCCAUAAAAACCAACAAUCCACAGACUGAUGUGUUUAGGACCUAACCUCAACGAUUUAGUUCUUUCUCUGCACAUAUCUUCCUCUAUAAGUAAUUAUCAUACAACACUUGUUGUAUAUAGUACCUAGUAUUUCUUUAUUGUAGUAUUUUCCAUACUACUAAGACUUCCCUUACGUUAAUAUCCACAUUCCAAGUCUAUUCAGUAUCGUAGUAGUUAUGUGUGCUUUCAUUACUGCAAGGUAAAGAUUAUUAUGAAUUAUGCAUUUAACUACUUGAAUUCAGAGGAAAUAAUUCACUAUACUACGAUAAAAUUUGUUGAAUACAUAUUGAUGUGGUGGAAUUUCUCAAAUAUCCACUUUUAGAAUAUUUGCAGGACUGUAAAUUAGUGUUGAAACCAACACAUCUUUAGCUGUACAGAUAAAUAUUCUAACAUUGGAAAUAUAUUCACUUAUGUACAAUAUAAUUUAUUGUGUUAUCUCGGCUUGGGGUGGAUGGAGCACCAUCUCCCACCUAUAGUAGGUCCACUCUGUAAUGGCAUAGUGUUUGAUUAACACUAGUAAUAAUAAUACUAGUAUAUAAUAAUAGUUACUUUGUGUGUUGCUAUCCUCGUUCAACAAACGAGAGUGCGCUAUCCUUUUCUAGCUGCGUUAUGUUGACAAGAUGAUAGACAAGGUAUCAUCUUCCUAUAGUAAGGUCAGUCCUUGACCACUGAUCUCAGUCUUUGAUAUUCAUACCGAAUAGCACUUUGAUUCACUUCUAGUCUCCACUGUGGUUCAAAGUGAUGAAUUCAUCACUAGUAUUAUUAUCUAGU